AUGACAUUUUUGUUUGCUUCUGUUCAAAGUCCAACGUGUAACGCGGUUGUAGAUAAUUGACACGAAAGCUCGUACGAGGCAAUUUUACUGCACCAGCUUACCUUUUACUGUGUCACGUUCAAAUCACUUGAAAACGUUAGUUUCAUUCGUAUGGCAUAUUUUCUUCGCCAUUGGCUCCAGGUGCAAGUUAAGAGGUGCUUUUAUCUGAUUUGUUCUGCUACCCAAGCCAAGUAUUCCAGAAUUUGUAGACGUAGAAUGAACAAGUGGGUCGCAUACGGAGUGUUAGGAACAUUAGCCGUGGUUGUGCUUAUGUCAUCAUUUCGAUGCUCACAUUCUGUUGGAACGUUACAACCACAUUCUGUUGAAGGAGAAUCUGUCGUAGAGUUUAUGUCCGUUGUCCGAGAGAAAGAAAGUGAACUGGAAGGAAAGGUAAAGAUGUCCAAAUCUUCGGUUGAAUGUCCACAGACAGCAGCAUUUUCAGUAAUGAAAAUGUCCAAGUUGUUCCAGGAAUGUGCAACUUCACCCAAAGCUCGCCAAGUUGAUAUGGAUCGAUACCUGGAUGCUUGGGAUGAGCUUAUAAGAUUUUUAAACUCGAUGGGAAAAGCUUUCACUUUUGUCAGUUCUGACGUGGUUGAAAAGGUUGGAAUUUUAAGGGAUUUUCGAAAGUCAAGUAAUAAAGAACAUUAUGAAACAAUUGAAAAAAUGAUCUUGUUUGAAAAAGAGAAUAAGCUUGUCAACUUCAAAUCAGCUCCAUCUAAAACGGUUACAGCAUAUGGCUGUAGAACGUUGCUUCGUUUGCACCGAGCUUUGAAAUUCCUUCUAAUACUGAUUGGAAAACUUGCACAUAAUGAGGAUGAAGGAAAAGUAUCUUUAAUGGGUUAUAAUGCUUAUCAUGCAUCUCCUAUGGCGAAGUACCAUCCUUGGAUUGUGCAAAAAGCUGUUGGUAUAGCAGUUUACAUGCUUCCUGACAGAACAACUUUUCUUAAGAAAAUGUGCCAAGAUCUAAGUGAUGAAGAGAUGGCAAAAACCAUGGGUGUGUGUUCUGAAAGCAUGGAUGCUGUGUAUGAGUUCACAAAUGCUUUAUACAGCAAAUACGACUUAACAGAGAUUCCUUGAUGGGUAAUUUUCAAAGAAGAAUAAAUGAAAUGUCUUAAAUAGUGAACUAUUUUGUUUUAAAAUAUUUAUGUAAAUGCACUUUCAUUGUUUUUUUUAAAUAUUGUGCAAUUAGUGUGGUAGGUGCAUGAAUCAAAUAUUGGACACUAAGUUUAUUGUAAUGCCUGAAUAAGUCUUCUAAUACUGAAGCAUUUUUUAGCAGCAUACUUACAUAAAGGCGGUCUCUAAUUGUUAGAAUAAUGUAAACUUUAUUUAGUUUAUAUGUUUUAACAACACAGUGUUAUUGUAGCAUGUGUAUAGGAGCAUAUUUGUAUGUUUUAUCCAGUUCAAUUUCUCUUGUGUCGCAUGUUCACAAUACACGAAUGUCAUUUA